UCAUUCGAAACAAUGCAAACUUUGACAUUAAUUUUUAUAUUUUCUGUGAUUUUGACUGUAUUCCAUGUGGAAUGUGCAACAAGAGCACCAAAACUUUCGAAACACACAAAGAAAACAGUCAACAAGUUGGUCAACUGUCUGACUCCCGUGGACACCGUUUUGGCCGCCAAGACAGCCGAUUGUGAAGACAGUAUCUGUGUGUCAAGUGCUAAACAAUAUGCACAGAGACGAUAUCCAACACAGUAUCAUAGUACAGUAGUCCCAUGUCUCUCAUCAACAACUACAUUGGCUCCUGUCACUGAGAAAAUGGAGAAAACCAAGAAAAAUGGAACUAAGAACAGGAAAAUGAAGGUGGAAGGCGUUGUCAACCAAGAAUAAUUGGAAUUGAAGAAAUAAAUAAAUUUUCAGUCUUUUU